AUGUCUAUCUACCGAUUAUCAUAUUUUCUCUACCCUCUUCCUCUGUCCUUCUCUAUCCCAUCCCUUCCUCUGUCUCUUCGCCCCCUUUCUUUUUGCUUCCCCCUCUCUCUCUCUUUUAGCCUUCCCACUCUCGCUUUCUCUUUUAGCCGUCUCACUCUCUCUCUUUUCGCCUCCCACUCUCUCUCUCUUUUCGCCUCCCACUCUCUCUCUUUUUCGCCUCCCACUCUCUCUCUUUUUCGCCUUCCUCUCUCUUUUCGCCUUCCACUCUCUCUCUCUUUUCGCCUUUCACUUUUUCUCUAUUUUCGCCUUUCACUUUUUCUCUCUCUUUUCGCCUUUCACUUUUUCUCUCUGUUUUUGGCUUCCAAUUUUCUCUCUCUUUUUGCCUUCCACUUUUCUCUCUCUGUCUUCCACUUUCUCUCUCUAUUUGCCUUCCACUCUCUUUCUCUCUUUUCGCCUUCCACUCUUUCUCUCUUUUCGCCUUUCACUUUUUCUUUCUCUUUUCGUCUUUCACUUUUUUUCUCUCUUUUCGCCUUUCACUUUUUCUCUCUCUUUUUAACUUCCACUUUUCUCUCUCUGCCUUCCACUUUCUCUCUCUAUUUGCCUUCCACUUUUCUCUCUCUGCCUUCUACUUUCUCUCUCUAUUUGCCUUCCACUUUCUCUCUCUAUUUGCCUUCCACUUUUCUCUCUCUUUUUGCCUUCCUCUCUCUCUCUCUUUUCGUCUACCACACUCUCUCUCUCUCUCUUUUCUCCUCCCACUCUCUCUCUUCGCCUCCCAACUCAUUCUCUCUUUUCGUCUCUCUCCCCGCCUAUUCGUCUCUCUCCACUUUUUAUUCGUCUCCCUUCUAUCUAUACAUAUCUGCAUAUCCCCAAAAUCUGCUUUGUUAG